UCAGCAACCCCUUCUUAGUUACUGUUGCUAAGUGCAAACAAUACACUAGGAAUGGGACAGUGUUUACUUUCCUGGGGUGCUAAUUUACAUAACUAAAUCUGGCACAUGAUGCGUGAUAUUGAUUUAAUAAAUUAAUGAAUUACUGGUACUUGAUGAAAUAAUUAGUCUUUUACGAAUGAUUUCUCACUGAUGACUCACAGUGCAAAGUUUGUGUGUCGCAGCCCUGCAUUCAUUGUAUAUGAUCAGUCUUUGUAAAGAAAUGAAGGCCAAAAUAUGCAGCAAAUAGACUCUACUGUACACUUGGUUUACAGCGAAGGCUACCUGCAUGCUUGAUUGAUUGAUUGAUUGGUUAAUUGAUUGAUGGAAUGCAGAUAGUGCAUUGACGAGUGGCUCUUCCAGCUUUCAGGAUACAUUUUGUAUUUCGUUUGCUGCACUACAUGUUUGUGAACGGUGCUUAAUUUAUGUGGGAAUAAGUCACAGUACAUUUCCUUGUUUGGAAACUGCAUGCAUUGAAGGAGUGGUGUACGUGUACAGAACAUGUGCAAGAUUCGACGAGUUGCCUUCAAUAUUUGUUCUUGUGGAUUGUGGUGGAUGUUCAGUAACUUCAAGAUUUCUACGGAAUGAGUGGACUAUGAGAUUAGUGUUUGGGACCUGCAGUAUUCUUGCCAGAUCAUCAGCAGGCAUUUGGAAGUAAAAGAAAAUUGGACUCAAAGAAAACCAACUGAAGUACUAUUUCCUGUGAUAUAAAUUUCCUCCUGUUUCUGUCGUCGCUGUCAUGGUUGAAAUCGGAGAUUACAUGCGAUUGGACAAAAUUGAGGAGUUGGUCAAUCUUGUCAUAAACCACAUAGAUCCAGAGAUACCGCACAGACCAGCACAGGACCGUGUCAAGAUGAACCAGCUACAGAACCUCCUCCAUGGAGCCUUGAUUGCCACGGAACACGUUGAGAAUAGCGCCAUCAUCAGACGCAGAGAUGUUUCACUUAGGGCCAGCUCAGCUGGAUUCACGGUGAGCAAUGAUCAAAUCCAACGUUUCAUUGAUGCCUUCAAGGAUCCAUCAGCUACCCGAGAGAAGGGAUUGUACUUCAAUGAUCGCAUCUAUCAAUGUGUACGAGCGGACAAGAGCUCCAUAUAUGCCAAAUCGGACAAGCUUGGAAUCGUUCUUGUAAGAACAGCCACCCUCAUCAUCAUUGGUACAUACAAUGACAACAUGUUCCCCAGCGUGUGCGUGGAGGCUGUCGAAAAACUAGCAUCUUACUUCAAAGAGAAAGACAAGUGAAUCCAACCUCACUGCGCAUUGCCACGAGAGUUCCAGGAGACCAAGUCCCUGUGAAUUCCAAAGCUGAUGCCACGAAGAUGCUGAUGUCAUGAAGGUGCUGAUGUCACAAUUGAACCACUCGAGAAUGGUUUGUAACACCCAUGGACUGAUGAUGUCUUGAGCAUCUUCUUGAAAGACAGAGGUAGACCCCAGCUCCCAAAUUCCUGGAUGAGGAGCCAGCAUUUUUGAUGCUGCUUGCAUUUACAUAGUCGGUGCAAAUGUGUACUUUUUCAAUAUUAUGACUGAUCGCAUCGUAUGUGGCACUUUCUGAUCACGCAGCAUGUCCCAAACAAGUCAUCACAACUUUCACGUCUGUAUCUCUGAUUUUUUAAGUCCGACUACAUGUCUGAAUUGUGGAACGUCUCGUAUUGAUUGAUCCUGGAGACAAGAUUUCAACCUCUUCUUGCUUACAAUUUUUUCGCUGGCCAGAUAACUUAAAUGAUGGCAGACAUAAAGCAAUUUCAACUAUCAUGCCAUGAAGGAUGUUGAGGGCACUAAUUUUCAGGCAUCUGAUGUUGAACUUUUGAAUGGGACAUUGCUAUCACAACCACAUUUGUCUUGCUUUACACGCAUCUGAUUUUAUAUUCACUUGUUUUAUACAAGUCAAACUUUGGACAGAUAGUUGGAAAGCAACCAAGAAAUGAUCCUGACUGCAAAACAGAAAUUUUAGAACUACUUUGCUUCUUUGAGAGCGGAGGGAAAAAAAUUUCAUCAGAUAUGGUUACUGUGAAAGUAUUUAGACAUGAAUCAGAUCAACAAAAGAGGGCAGCAGAUAAAUCAGUCAGUGUGUACUUGUUUGUGCACUAAUUUACAAAGGUCUACAGUGACUGGUAUGGAGACUACCAAUUUGACCCCAGCUGUGAAAGGUCACUCUGUCAAUUACCCGCCAUGGCAGUGCAUGUGCUAACUGAACUCAUGGAUAUUUAAAGUGUGUAUGUCUACCGAGGUUUUGAUAAUGGGGGUUGUGUCAAACACAUCGGUCCAGAUAGCUCCUAAUUAGUACUGUAAAUGACCGUAUAAGGCAAUCCUUGUCACCAUUGAUAAGAGCCAAGCGCACACACAUGUCAAAUUCCAACUGGUUUACACCCAUCUUUUGUCAGACGGAAAUCUCCAAACCAAAGUUUGCUUUCCAAAAUACAGUUUGUUUAGUCGAUCUUUGUUUGAAUUACGUUUGGCUGUGCCAUAGAGUUCGGAUCCGGUCCAUGGCAGACGAACUUUGCUCUGUAUUAAAACUAGAACACUCUUGACAUCUAACCCCAGGCAUAUUUGUGCGGAGCGACCUGAUCAUGCCACUCUAAAGUAAAUACAGAAACUCCAGUGGUUUGCAAGCUUUCAUGUAAUAAUCGCUCAACGUGUGCAAGCGACAAAAUAAAGCAAUCAGCACACAAAGAGGUAUUGAAAACUGCCUUUUAUGUUGUGAAAGCAAUAGUUUCAUAUUCACAUUAUAAUUUGUUUGUCAAGCUCUGCAAAUGACACAAGGUACAAGUACAUGUAGUUACAUUUAAGCAUGUGCUGUAUUGGGUGUCAUUCAUGUCAAGAAAUGUUCUGUUUGGUGAUAGAAUACCAUGGUAUGUUAUUAAUGGUAUGCGCUUCAUGUUGAUAAACAUAACCAAUGAAUGCAAAUGUUGGAUCAGCUGUAAAUAUUUCAAAGGCUGGUUGAUUUUCAUUGCAGUCACAUUCAAGGCUGUAAUAAUGAUGUCAAUUGUUAAUUGGGGGUUGAAGUUUCUAGACUUUUUCCAGAUUCCUGGAUUUAAACAAUCUAAAUGAGAAGUUUUCAUCACUGUAUUAUUUUUUCUGUUAGGUCAAAGGUUUGCAUGGAAGAAUUGCAAUGUACAUGUACAUAAUGUACGUAAAGAAUGUUGCAACCUGACACUACUUCAGCGGUUGUGUACAGAGUCUAUGGAGAGUCAAGAAAAUUGUCUUAAGUAUUUCGUAACAAAAUUGGAAAUGUUUCUCAGUCCCAGAUUCAUGUCUUAUCAUCACUUUUGCAAUGACUGACCUUCCUUCAUUGAGAUGAUAUAUGAAGAAGAAAGUGGCGUCAGGUUGCAACAUUCUUUCCAAAUGUACCAUAGAUAGACCAUGUGCGGCCGUUUUUAUUGUGUUCCCCCUCCACCUGAUCUCAAUCCUGGUAAAUGAAUUCGUGUUCGUAGAGUCUUAGAAAUUAUUCAUACAGAAUUCCUUUCUAUUGGCUGGCGUCCCACCUUGCUUUCAUAGGAAAGCGCACGUGUAAACAAAGCAUGACGUCAUUAUGUCUUGGGGUUAUUAAUGACCUCAAUUUGCUUUUGUCAUUUAUUUAAAACAAAUGCAUGCCCCAUAGUGGUCCUUAGUUUAUCUUAAAAAAAUUUAAGACCAAAUAUUAAGUGUUAAAAAAACUUGCAUGUAUAUCUCCUUCCAUGUCUGGCAAAUGUGGGUCUUUGAACUUUGCAUGGCAUUCAGUGUAAUAUGAAUUGUCUAACUUGCCAGCCAUGUUAUCCCUUGAGAGACAUCAUUUAUUGCAACAUCUUGAAAUGUCAGCUUGAUAUUCAAUCGAUCCCAGCAAAUCGUGAAGGUUAAGAAUAUUUUGCCCGGAUGCUGAGAUGGUUUUAACACAUUGCUCAGAGACUUGAAGAUGCUGUAAAAUGAAUUAUUGCAUUUCAAAUAGAUGUGUCACUGCAAGAUGGAUUUGUAAGACACUGUUUCACCUUUUUGUGACAGUGAUGUGGUUUGAGAUAUGGUUUUGAUUUUGAUUACAAUGAAUUCACAAUUAUUGUUUGCAACUGAAACCCUAUCCUGUUAUAUGUAUUAUAAAUAACUAAAUACAUGUAGUUUCUGUAUUUUUCUGUUGAGUUAAGAAAUGGCAAUAAUACUAAGGAGUAUUGAAUGACAAAAUCAAAA